AGUACAUACAUAUAUAGGGGAAUACAUUAUAUCCGUAUCGAAUCUAUAAAAAGGGAAAAUUAAGAAUGUCUCUUACAACCAAAGCGACACCAUUCCCAGGUUCCAAAAAUAUUUCUUUCGUGGUAGAAGAAAAGGUGUUUUAUCUUUUGUGCGAUCUCGGAAAAGACUUCGGGCAGAGCACCUCUGGGAAGACGAUUAUUAUAGGCUCCUCUUCUGGGAACAAGCAGUUGGGUAAGUCAAACGCUUUUAUCGGGAUUAAUUUAUUCACCAAAAGUCUGGAAAAGCGAAAUCUAGGAAAAGAUGGCGUGGCGGAACUACGAACGGACAACUUUCAAGAGGUUGGUCAGGGGUGCGUCUGGCGUAUUGAAGAAGAUGGCGUUACGUUGGCGAUUAAAAUCGACUUCGCAAAGACGACCGAAUGGCCAGCCUCCUCGGGAAAUUCCUUUUUGCUCGCGUCAACUGUCGGCAACAAGGCCGUUGGUAAGACCGGGAUUAUGUGUGGCCUGAACUGCUAUCGGCCCUCCAACGCCCUAUUCGCCGUGGACAAAAUCGCGGUGUGCGGCCCAGCUGAAGUCCAACUCUCAGUUGGCGGUGCCGUCGACUUGGGGAACGGCUUCUCUGCCCGUUAUGCCGCCGCGAAUGAGGUCACCGUGCUUUUUGAGGGCGUAAUCGGGGAAGAGAGUCUUGCCAUGCCGCCAUGCAUGCUGGAGGGGCGCAUGACCCUCGCCCUGCACUUAGGCCCACACAAGGAAAAACGCGCGCGGGGGGAAAAGCGCUCGCGAUCUACCGACGCCGCAUCGACCUCGAGUGGAAAAGAUCAGGAAGGCGUGCUAAAUAGUGGCGACGCAGGUAGUAAAGUUCGAAAUUUGCACGUAUUGUGCACCAAGACGGAUGAGGAUACGCUGCGGCUGAAGAUUACUUUCGAUCCUACGAAGUCUUUUGGUCGCUCGUCGUCGGGGAAGUCGCUGACGGUGAGCACCUCUUCAGGAUUCCAACCCAUCGUGAUCAACGGCAAUAUGGUCUGUCGUAUCCAAUUUAAUGCGUACCGCCCAGCACCACAACUUGAUAAGGAGACGGUGCAUGACGCUGUGUUUCGUGUCUUGAAGACCAAACCCUCAUCUGAUCUGAACACACUUUCCUUUAAAACUGUCCUUAAAGAACUUCAAGAGGAGUUGGGUCUUCGUGAAGGUCAGGAAACGUCCAUCAAAGAAGAAGCUAAAAUAGCAGUUAAAACAUUUUUGGAUGAAAAUCGGCGGCAAAAUAGUUAA